AUGGAUAUUUCCUUGUAUGAUGAAGAACUCAUCGAGUUCGAAAAGUCACUAUUGAAUUUCAUUACUAAUUGUAACAUGUUUUCCUUAACUGAUUGCAAAGUUUGCCUCGAUAAGUUUAACGAGGAAGACAAGAGGCCUCGCUACAUUCCCUGCGGCCACACCUUCUGCUCAUUCUGCCUGAGUAACCUCCUGAAGAACGGUUCCUUAUCCUGUCCGACCUGCCGCGCUAAACACACUACCUCCGACAUCGCACAGUUUCCCAUUGCUUAUCUCGUAGAAGAGCUAAUCAAGAACUGUACUGUGAGGAGGUCUUUGGCGAAAGCAGGUUCUACGAACUCUCUCCCCGAGUCGAACAAUGGAGAGAGGAAAACGAUCAGCAAGAAGCUAAGCUCACUGAGAGAAGAGCAACAGGAGAGCAUAGAUGUCGUCGAUGACAAUUGUGAGAAAGUGUUCACUGAAUUAGCUAUGUAUAAAGCUGCUCUUGUUCACUGGCAAGCAGACCAUGAUAAAUUUGUAGGAAAGAUUACCAAACUCAUGGUUGAGCCAAACGAGGAGCUAAGGCGACUGUUGGCGGACGAGAAGCAGGCCAUAGAAGACGUGUGGAGAGAAGGACUAGUGCGCCAGGGGGGCCUGUCCUUGGGUUUGUCUGCACUUUCCAAAGCAGAAACCGCACAGCAGGUAGUAACAGCAAUAGACGCCGCUGAUCAGCACCAGACUGCAGCAGAAGAAUGGACCGAAAAGUGUCUCGAAGGUUACCCGAAUAUUACUCUUGCUCACAGAUCAAAUAAGUUACGACUGCUGUUUAAGAAAGCACUGGAGAUCAUAAAUGAAGGAAACGAGGACGGUAGUUGCGCCCCCAUGCACUUGGCGGGCUCCAAAUACAGCAUACCCCAAAAGGUCACUUUCAUUCGUGAAUUAGCAUCGGUGAAAGUCACGGUUGAAGGUCUCCGCGACCCAAACGGGUCGGUAAAGUCCCUAUUGGAUGCCGGCGUUGUUUUUGCAGUGAAAAAGGACGAGGAAGGAAAGAAUCGUUUUGCUAAAAUGUCUCUGACAAACAACAAGACUGUUCUUCAUCAUCUGACUGAUGUUCCUCCAUCCACAAAUGUUUAUACCCUACAGUAUGACGAGAUCAAGUCCCAGGUAAACACGUCCAACACCUUGACGUUCCUGGAUUUGGUGUGGCCAGGCUCGACGCAGCGGCGGCGCGUCCACAUCCGCUUGAGUCCCGAAUCUGCACGAGGCCGACACUUCAUCAUGAUGUGCACGGGGGAGGAAGGGCCUUCUCUCGCCGACACCAAUUUCCAGAAGGUCCUUCGCAAGGGCGGGCCUGGAGAACUCGUGAUGGCCGGGAACUACUCGUGUGUGAAGGGCUCGGCCAUCUUGCCCAACGGUGACAAGUACAGAAGGAAGGCCACGGCUGGAGUGGUGUUUGGAGUGCCUCACUGGGAUAAGGUGUGGGAUGCCCGCUAUUAUGGAGUGUUUCACAUCGCCACCCGGGACUGUCCGAGCUCGUACUAUUACACCGCUUUCGGCCAGGUGGAGAGCGGUCUGGAAACCUUGGUGGCAGCUGCUAACUUGGAUGAUAUCACCUGUGUUAAAAUCGUGGAGUGUGGCGUGGUGCUCUGAGAAGGAACGAGACAACAUACCUGCGUGAAACCAUACCGCACUGUAUGGUAUCGUGCAUUCCCGGGUUCCUGGGGCG